UCCACUUCCUGCAUCAACCAGAGCGAGGAGCCUCCAUGCCAGCCAUGGACCUGGGUGCCCUCCUGGACGAGCUGGAGAGUGGGGACCAGGAGCUGGUGCAGAAGUCGCUGGCAGAGUAUAACCAAGAGAAUUCCCAGUGCUUUUUCUUCAAUGCAGAGCAGAGGGAAGAACGGAAGAAACUUGGAGAGUUGGUGAUUAGUUUCCUAAACCGGGACUUGCAGCCCUCCUGCCAGAUAGCCUGCCUGGAAACCAUCCGCAUCCUAUCCCGGGAUAAAUAUGCCCUGUCCCCAUUCACCGGUCGCUCAGCCAUACAAACCCUGGCCCAGUAUGCGGGUUUGGACUACUCUGAGGAGAUGGAGAUGCCGUGCAUCCCAGAUGGGGAAAGUGCUGUAGAAGCUUUAAAAGGUCUGUGCAAUAUUAUAUACAACAGCGUGGAGGCCCAGGAGGUGGCUAAGGACCUGCGACUGGUGUGCGGUCUCGCUCGCAGGCUCAAGCUGUACAACGAAACCCGCUCAUCCCACGAGAGCAAGUUCUUUGAUCUCCGGCUGCUGUUCCUGCUUACAGCUCUCAGCGUGGAUAUGAGGAGGCAGCUCGCCCAAGAGCUCCGGGGAGUCAGUCUCCUAACCGACGCUUUAGAGAGCACCCUAGCUCUGAAGUGGUCUGAUAUAUAUGAGGUUGUAACAGAUCAUCUUGCUCCACCUCUGGGCAAAGAAGAAACAGAGAGGGUGAUGGAAAUCCUGAAGACCCUUUUCAAUAUCACGUUUGAUAUCAGCCGCAGGGAAGUAGAUGAAGAAGAUGCAGCUCUUUAUCGCCACCUAGCAGCUAUUCUUAGGCACUGCUUACUGAGACAGAGCGAUGGGGAAGACAGAACAGAAGAGUUUCAUGGGCACACUGUGAAUCUGCUGGUGAACCUGCCACUCAUGUGUCUGGAUGUGCUGCUGACGCCCAAAGUAGAGCAAGGCUCGGUGGAGUACAUGGGCAUGAACAUGGAUACGGUGGAGGUCCUUCUUCAGUUCCUAGACAGGAGGUUGGACAGGGGUCACAAGCUGCGGGAAAUGCUGACGCCAGUUCUUAACCUCCUCACUGAAAGUUCUCGUGUCCAUCGUGAGACAAGGAAGUUUCUUCGUGCUAAGGUUCUUCCCCCUCUUCGGGAUGUAAAGAACCGCCCGGAAGUGGGGAAUACCCUGCGCAACAAGCUGGUACGUCUGAUGACUCACGUGGACACUGAUGUAAAACACUGUGCUGCGGAGUUUCUCUUCGUCCUCUGCAAGGAGAAUGUGUCCCGGUUUGUGAAGUACACGGGCUACGGCAAUGCAGCUGGGCUUUUGGCUGCCCGAGGACUUCUAGCGGGUGGCCGUGGAGAGGGGUGUUAUUCAGAAGAUGACGACACAGAUACAGAAGAAUACAGAGAAGCCAAAGCCAACAUCAACCCUGUCACAGGACGUGUAGAAGAGAAGCAGCCCAACCCUAUGGAUGGAAUGACAGAGGAACAGAAAGAAUAUGAGGCCAUGAAGCUAGUUAAUAUGUUUGACAAGCUAUCCAGGGAACAAAUCAUCCAGCCCAUGGGGGUGACCUCUGAUGGUAGACUGGGGCCUCUAGAUGAAGCGGCACAGAAGAUGCUCCAGAGGCAGGAAUCCUCAGACCUGGAUUCUGACUCGGACUAAAGAAAUCCCAAAAUAAAAACGAGGAAUCAAAGAUCCGAGCUGGAACGAGAGAACCACGAAACUGUUAUACAGAAACCGUAAACAAAACACAAGAUAAUCUAGAAUAUUGUAGAUGUUUCUCAGAGACCCACGGCUGUAGAAAAGUCACAGGGACACAUCGGGCCCUUUUUGUGCGCAUCCGAGCAGUGCAAAACGUGAAGAGCUAGCGAUUUAAUUAAUACCAGUUUGGGUACUAGGUGCUCUGUAUAGAUAGAUAGACCCGUCUCUGUCCCACUUAUACAUAGAGCGCUUAUAGCUGAUGAGCUGCAGAAUCAAGAGAAACUUUGCUGCAGUUAUUGCACAAACCGUUCUCGGGUGGAUAGAGCUUCCUUAUUACACUCUUAGUAUAUAGAUUUUAAUAUCUCAAUGGGCACCAAUGCUUAGAACAAAUGAAGCAUUAUAGAACCGAUACAGAGAACGGAAGAAUUGUCACUACCUUCUGAAUAAAGUAAAACAAAUGCUGGUGAUACGACCAUAAUGACGUCAGAGCAAAGAAGUGACCUUGAAGACAUUCAAGAUGGCUCCUGUUUUAUUAUACCAAGUUUAGCUUAAGUUCUGAAUAUUGGGUUUUUAGCGCCCUCUUCUUUGUAAGUGGGCUGAUACAGGAAUCCGAUCUUUAUCAUAUUCCUAAUAAAGGUAACUUGCAAGUUU